AAGACAUACGUACAUCACCAAGCCCAGAUCUCCUCCCGCUACGCCGAGCUUGAGAGAGUCCAUCUUCAGAUCUUUGCCUCUCUGCUUGGGCAUAUGGUAUCCCUGCUUCACUUCUCGAUCUUUAUUACUCUCCUAUUAACCAUAAUGAUUCAAAGAUCUUUCUCACUCUGCAUUUCAGCUUUUGAUUUUGCGCUUAUCUGUUAUCUGGAUUUGAUUUUAGAUUCUGGGUCAGAUUGAAUUAUUCUAAUUUAGUCCUAUUCGAUCGAAAUCCCAUAAAAAUUGACAGGUAAAUGCUCUAUUUAUAUUUUAGGCUUUUUUUCCCCAGUGAAUCGUUUGCCGAAUAGAAAUUUGUGUCGGGAACAAAAUCAGUAGUUACUCAAGUCCCACAUAUCAUAAAUUCAAUUUGACUGUUUAAUUUCUUCAUUUAGGUCAGCACAGACUCAGUUAUAAGAUUCUAAUUUUAAUUUGUCUUAACAAGUCCCAAUAUAUAUAUCAGCACAACUCAGUUAUAGGUUUUAUACACUCAGAAUAUUGAAGGAACUGAUAUUGUUCUGUAUCUCAAUAGUUGUCAUACCUGUAUAAUUGUAUUUAGCUUAAACUUCAACUUUUACUCGUGAUCUUGUUGUUAUUACUUAAAGAAAAAUUGCAAGACGAUAGAUAAAAUUUUGCUUACAAAUCCUGGUUUGUGAUUCUGUUUUAAGUAUUGUAAUUUAAAUUCCUUACCUCUGAAAUUUGGUUAUCCUUGUGAAAUGUUUAACUUUUUUGUAUGAACAUUACUUUUACUUUAGCCAUUACACUGAUUUAUGGUUGUUCGUGGUUAUUUCAGCGUUCAGUAUUGGUCUAUGAUCUAAAUGCAUGUGAAUCCUUGGUGACGGUUGCUAGGAUGAUAUCCGAGGCUAUGGGAAGAGUUUCUCAUAGUGGCAGAAACAUGGCCUCCACAAUCCUUUUAAAGCAUCAGAGAGGUGUAGAUGUGCUAGGACAUCAAGAAAGCAUUAUCAAGACAAUUGCCGAUAAGGUCCCAAUAUCAACAAGGCAAAGCUGCUGCUCCAAAGCUACAAAGAUUCUUAGCUUCUUUAGCUUAAGCAUUAUUUAUGUGGUUGCUUGAAGUUUGCAAUCAUUUAUCAUUUUUACUGGUUUAUCGCUGGUGCCAAAGUACCAGUAAUAGUGAAAUGUACAUGUUUCAUUCCUAUGUAGAGAUAUCUAAAGUUGUAACAGAAUGGUUUUUAUUACUUGCAGAUGUACCAGGAAUUUUAUAAUACAAAUAUUUUUGAAUG